AUGACAGCUUAUUUAUCAACAUGGCCCCCUAAAAAAAAAGUGCGGAAUAAUCGACCAUUUGGUGUGUUCCGGCGCUCGGCGUUAGUUCGACGAGAGGUUAACGGUGAAGUGCAUCGAAACGUAGUUACGGUAGCCGAUUCUGCAGCGCUUGUUACCAAUCCGUUGUCCGUUGAUCCGGCUGCCGUUUUGAAACAUUUGCAAGACGCUUGCGGUUAGUGUCGUGUGCCUCCUCGCUGCUGUAAUCUGCGCGCAGGAUUACAUUAUCAUCGUAAGAUAAUCGACUCAUGGAAGUUCAUGUUGGCGUCGAAUGAAUGCAUUGCGUGGCAAGCAGGAAGGCAAAAUAUAAAACGCAUCGCUUGAUGUUGUUGCCCUGUGCUGCGUGGAAAUUGUGCGUUAGAAAGUGUGCUGUGCCCGGUGCUGUUUGCGGUAGGUUAAGGGUCGCUGGUUGCCGGAAAGAAGAGUAAUGACGCGCCACGCUCUUUCCGUUGUGGUGCCUCAGGUUCUUGGACGAUGGCGCCGACAAAUGGGGCUAGAAUUCAGUGCUGCUAGCACGAUCUGCUGGCUGGCUUUCCUGGCGUUCGUCUGGUGCGGUGCAAACAACCUUCACAUGAACGAUGGCGUACGGACGCAGGACAUCAUUGCUGGUGAUGUGUUUUUCGAAAUUUUAGAACCGUCGGCGCUGGAAUAUACGUACCGUUUGCGGCCAGCAAAGGACUUUGGCGGAACGUUCGGCAUUACGUACAAAUCGCCACAGGGCAAGCUGGUACCGGCAGUACCGGCCGACGCGUGUUCGACCAAAUUCGAGAAUGCCGAUGAUUUGGUUGGCAACAUUGCACUCGUCGAGCGGGGCCAUUGCUCGUUCCUAACGAAAGCCAUCAACGUGGAAGCGAUCGGUGGUGCAGCGAUUAUCGUGACCGAGUACGACACGGAGAUCGAUGACUUUGAUUACUACAUAGAGAUGGUGCAUGACAAUACCGAUCGCGACACGAACAUUCCGGCAGGAUUUUUGCACGGCAAGAACGGUAUCAUUAUCCGGCAGACGCUGAAAAAGAUGCGUCUGCCGUACGCGCUCGUUAACAUUCCCGUCAACCUCACCUUUAUACAGCCGCACAUGAUAAACCAACCUCCCUGGUUGCCAUGGUGAGUGCGGGUACACCACUGUGGCGCAUAAAAACACGCACUCGUAGACGGCGCAACACUGAGCGCCAAACAAACCAGAAGGCAAUGUGGUGGUGGAGCGUAUUGCUGCUGCUGUUGGAGCAAAUGUUAGUAGCGUGGCUUGUAUCGAUGGUGGGGCUGCAUACGAUUGUGGAGGGUGGUAGUUCACCGGUUACCACCACCACCACCACUACUAGCGUGCAACUUGCACGCGCACAGCUAGUCACCGCUCGACGUAUGCAACCGUUCUGGACCAGUACCGGAUUAUGUCCGCCCGAGCCACGAAACGCAACCGGCGCGUUCCUGGUGUCGAAAGAUUCGUUCAUGAACUUGGAGCUGAUUGGUUCGCUGCCGAACCGGGGCCUAAGCCAUGUGCGGAUACAUUGGCUGCUUGAGCUUCUUGAAGUGUAAGUGUGUGUGUUUUUUUUUUCGCCGUGUUCUAUUACACCCUCGGGACGUUUGUUGCAAUAUUAUUGGCUAGAAAAUAGUGAACAAAAAAAAAAAAUCUAACCCCUUUCUGAUCCUUAACGUUUAUAGUUUGACUAACAGGCCUUGCAAAGGGCUAUUCAUGUUGUUUCGUAUGAGGUAAAGAGAUGUGUUUCCCCCCUAUUCGUUUGCGAAGUUUUGCGAAAAAACAGAAAAGACAUAAACGGUAACGGCAGAUUGUGAUAACCUUUGUUGUAAAAUAUAGACUCUUUUAAUGAAAAGGUA